AUGAAUACCCAUGCUGAUACACCCACCAAAAAGCCUGUCCGUGUUUGGGUCGAUGGCUGUUUUGACAUGAUGCACUAUGGACAUGCCAAUGCACUUAGACAAGCCAAAGCCAUGGGUGAUGUAUUAGUCGUGGGAGUGCACUCUGAUGCCGAAAUCAUGAAGAACAAGGGCCCUACAGUGAUGAAAGAGCAAGAAAGAUAUGAUGCUGUGGCUGCAUGCAAAUGGGUGGAUCAAGUAGUGCCUGAUGCUCCUUACAACACAACGGUGGAGAUUUUGAAGGAAUACAACAUUGAUUUUUGUGUCCAUGGUGAUGACAUUACGACGAUGGCAGAUGGCACCGAUUGUUAUCAAGCUGUCAAGGACGCUGGCCUUUAUCGUGAAUGCAAGCGUACUCAAGGUGUCUCUACCACUGAAUUGGUGGGCCGUAUGUUGCUCAUGACACGUGAUCAUCACAAGCGUGGCGAGUCAUCCAUUUCCAAUGUGAAUGCGCAAGACCUUGGUUCUUUCAGUCAGGGCACAGCAUCGGCUGAUAAACAACGCACCACCAUUUCUCAUUGUUUGCCUACAUCGAAGCGCAUUGUUCAAUUCUCGGAAGGACGUGAACCCAAAGAAACCGAUCGUGUCGUUUACGUCGAUGGCACAUUUGAUCUUUUCCAUAUUGGCCAUAUUGAAUUCCUCAAGCGAGCCAAGGCUUUGGGCGACUUUUUGAUUGUUGGUGUUCAUGAUGAUCAGACUGUCAAUGCCAUCAAAGGCUCCAAUUAUCCCUUGAUGAACUUGCAUGAACGUGCACUUAGUGUCCUUGCAUGCCGGUAUGUGGAUGAAGUCAUCAUCGGUGCUCCUUACAGCAUCACCGAAGCUGUGUUGACCAAGGAAUACAAGGUCCAUAUUGUCGCACAUGGCAACACACCCACUGAACCGGAUUUAGAUGGAAAGGACCCAUACCAGCUGGCCAAGGACAGGGGUCUUUAUACAGAGAUUGAGAAUCCCAAUUCGACGCUUACAACCCAAGGCAUCAUUGAACGUAUCAUUGAGAACCGUGUAAAAUACGAGGCACGACAAAAACGCAAGGGUGCCAAGUCUGCCAUUGAACAACAAAAGGAAUUAGAAGAGAAACAACAAAGACAAACUGCUUGA